AAAAUUUAUGCCAUGUGCAGCAUUUGUAUUACUAAACUGCCGAUUCGAAGCUUCCUUCAAUAUGCACAAUGGUAUUACAGAAUAUCGCCUUGAAGAAGGGCAAAGAAGUGGCUGGUCAUAAUGUCAGUAUUGUCGCAUUCCAGUUCGCAUGGAUUCCAUUUGACUGACUCUGAAUAGCUACAACAAUGGUCGAAACGAAAUAAUGGCAUCCUUCACCGCAAUGACGAGGGCACACGAUAUCACUCUGUGGAGUCGAGUUCGAACAAACAACUGAGAGAGGAAUUGGCGAAGGAGCAUGUGAAGGAAUUAUCCAACAAGCAAAAGGCGAAGAAGGAAGCACGCGAGAUUGAUAAGGUGCGCAGCUUGAAGCUUUGGACGAGCCAUUGAUCUUGUUACUCACAUCCUGCAGGAUUUUUUCAUGUCAGUAUUGGGAUCUACAGCGACAAAACGAGAGGCAAAAGCAUACCUCCAGCGAUUUAGUCCCCCAAAGACCUCUGAACCGAGACCUCCAACCCCGGAACGGAAACACCAAACAUCCAAGCCUGGUGUCAAUUUAGGCGUUUUCUAUGCCCCAACGGCAGUAGAGGGAAGCCCUAAAUUUGUACAACAUCCUUAUACCCAGAAAAAAACGGAGUCAGAGCCACAGUUGCAUGUAGCCUUGGUUAAGAUUAGAGCACCCCAGGAACUGGAUGAUAAAACUCUCAGCGGGGUUGGGAGAACCCUCUCACAACUAGCUCGACUGGGGUUGAUAAGCGUGGUCGUGGUGGACUGCGAUGGGCGAACGAAUGGUGCUUCGGUUCAGACACCCAAUUGGAGAGACUUGUCAACCCAACAAGCAAAUAGGGUCGUCACGGCGAUAGAUUCAAAUAACAGUAAAGGGGCAAGGCUCGUGGAUAAUGUUAUAGCAGUCAAUGAGGAAUCUGAGACGCCAAAAUACGGAUCGGUCACUCAAACAAACGCCCAUGUCAUCCUCAGGACGCUCUUGAUGACACCCCUAAAACGAGGAAUAAUUCCUGUUUUACCGACUACAGCCUAUACGAACCUCACACAGACUGCUGUACCAGUUACUGGCUCCGAUACUGUUCUUGCUCUGCUGAAAGAAUUGGCUGGACUUCCUACUGAAAUCCCGUAUGAUGAAGAUCCUAUUGAGGUUAAAAAACGCAUGGAGAAGCUACGUUCUGAGAUUUCCGUGGAUAGGCUCAUCAUUUUGGACCCUUUGGGAGGCGUUCCCACUCCCAAUCGUCCAAAUGGUUAUCAUGUUUUCCUGAACAUGGAGCAAGAGUUUGAGCCAGCCAGGCACGAUCUACUGAGAGGCAUGGAUUCAGAAAACACCUCCAACAUAGUCCUGACUUCAAUCAAGAAACCCAGUGUGUCUGGCAUAAUGAAGAGUAAUCCGGUUUCAAAGCUUGUUGAACAAGAAUUUGGAAGCCUCGCCCAGGAAGCAGCUACUGCGCCAGAUAUUCCCUCACCAAGUAAACAUGCAAAUUCAUACCAUUUACAAAAUCUCAAACUGGCACGUUCUGUGCUCGCCUUGUUACCUCCGAGUUCAUCAGCAAUUCUUACAACUCCCGACGAAGCUGCAAAUUCAGGAAGAUUCGUGCCUUUUCAACCUGGUGGGGUUGGCACAAGACGCAGCAGAAAUCCCUUAAUACACAACUUACUCACUGACAAACCAGUGUUUUCUUCCUCGCUGCCAGUAGGACGAUUGGGACAAAAAACUGCAUGCUCACUCGAAACCUUUCCAAACCCAGCUUCAACUGUCACACCAACCACAUUUGCAAAGCAUGGGAUGCCCAUUACAAUUUUCCCAAAUCCCGUAACUACCAGAUGGGAGCCACCUAUGUCUGGCAAGCCACAAAUUGCAUUGACGGACCCACGAAUUGAUCUUCCACGUUUAGUACACUUGAUCGAUGAUUCUUUCGGACGCAAACUUGAUGUGAGCGAGUACCUCAAGCGAGUUGAUGGGCGAAUAGCCGGAGUCAUCAUUGCAGGCGAGUACGAAGGCGGUGCUUUAUUAAUAUGGGAGUUGCCUCCAGGAGUAGUCGAUGAUGGCAGCCCCGAAAGUAGAGCAAGAAUGGUACCAUACUUGGAUAAAUUCGCGGUUCUAAAGAGAUCACAAGGCUCGGGAGGAGUUGCAGAUGCUGUCUUCACCGCCAUGGUGCGGGACUGCUUCCCCAAUGGAGUGGUCUGGAGGUCGAGAACGACGAACGUGGUUAACAAAUGGUAUUUUGAGAGAUCUAGAGGGACCUGGAAAUUGCCCGGCACGGGAUGGACGAUGUUUUGGACUACGCCGGAUAUGGAUCGCCAGACCUUUCUGGAUUAUGAGGGUGUGUGUCGGGGGAUCGAACCGUCGUGGGCUGAUGGGAAAAAGACGUUGGAUUAAUGAUUAGAAAUGACU